CCAAACGCUCUGCCCCUUCGUCUUCUUUCCUCUGCGUCGGCGCCAAGCUCCAAAUCGCCGGAGCACCACCUUUCCUCGGGAAUCAAGUACCCCACCAGCCCUAGAACCGGCAGAAUUGUAGAAAACCUCUUGAGAUAGUUUACCUUCCAGUCUUUUUCAAUGAGCAUUAAGAGUGAGAAAAUCCUAGGAAGAAAGAGGAGGCGAGAGCUGAGUCCAAGAAGAAGCUCGAAGCUGCUGAAGACCCGGAAUGGAAUUAGUGGGUCAAGAAUGGGGAAGUUUUCGUAUAUGAGGCUGAAAGGAAGCCAGAACUUGAGGCUACGGCUCCUCCUGUCCACUCUAUCCUCUACACCCAUCCUUAUCGACGACAUACGUGCAGACGCAACGUGGCCUGGCCUCCGCCCGCAUGAGGUCUCACUCCUGCGCCUCCUCGAAAAAGUUUCCGAUGACUGCGUUGUCGAAAUUAAUGAAACUGGCACAAAACUGAAGUACAAGCCGGGGAUUGUGAUGAGUGGUAGGCAUUUAGUUCAUGAUUGCGGAACCAGCCGGUCCAUUGGUUAUUUCUUGGAGCCAUUGGUUGUAUUAGGUUUGUUUGGGAAGAAGCCCCUGAGUAUCAGGCUCAAAGGUAUUACAAAUGAUUCAAAGGACCCAUCUGUUGAUACAUUUCGAUCUACUACCUUACCCAUUUUGAAGCAGUUUGGAGUACCUUCAGAAGGACUGGACCUCAAAAUAGAGAGCCGGGGCGUGCCUCCACAUGGUGGUGGACAAGUUAUGCUUUCAGUCCCAAUCGUAGAUAGUUUAAAAGCAAUUACCUGGAUAGAUGAAGGCAUGGUGAAGAGGAUUAGAGGAAUCACCUUCUCAACUAGAGUGUCUGCUCAGUUUGAGAAUACCAUGAUACAUGCGGCUCGUGGUAUUUUUAAUCGAUCUCUACCGGAUGUUCACAUAUUUACCGACCAUAAAGCUGGAGAGCAAGCUGGAAAGUCACCCGGCUAUGGAAUUUCACUUUACGCCGAGACCACAUCAGGUUGUGUCAUCUCUGCUGAUACGGCGGUUUCUUAUGCUCGAGGGGAGGAUGAGGGUGAACUUGAGGACGAGAAGAAAGAAUUGAGCCCUCCAGGAGAUGUGGGUGAAGAAAUUGCAUCAGCCCUGCUGGAUGAGAUUGAACAAGGAGGCGUGGUGGAUUCAACUCAUCAGGGUUUAUUGUUCCUUCUCUGUGCAUUGUGUCCUCAGGAUGUUUCAAAAGUUUGUGUUGGGAAGCUUGCACCUUAUGCAAUAGAAGUCCUUAGACACAUCAGAGAUUUUCUUGGCGUUAAGUUUGUGAUAAAGCCAGAUCCAUCAACAGAGACUGUCAUUCUUAAAUGUGUUGGAUGUGGACUCAAGAAUCUUUCUAGGAAGGUAUCCUGACAAGUACUUGGUGAUUUUUCACGCACAAGAUUACAUAUUUUUGAAGCAAAAGCACACGGAGCCCUGCAUCAAAAGGACGCCAUGAACUACAGAAUCUCUACAUCACAUGUCCAAUUGGCUCCAAAUUUUCAUUUGUUCUGUACUACCAUUGUAAAUCAAACUCUUGUUACUCUAACUUAAUAUAUUCUUUCAGAAAAUGAAGGUUUUGUUGGUUGCUUGGUACCAAUAA